AGUCGCAGAAAAACCAGAAAUGUCGUCAAGAGAAGCUCAAUUGAAGAAGCUGUUGGAGCUUACAUCCUCAUUAUCCGCCAAUAAUGACGCAGCAUCUGCACCGGCAGAGCCAGUCGCACCACGGCAAAGAUCGGACUUGAACGCCGAUAUUCUGAAUCAAAUCCUCGGUCCUGAUGAGGCAGAACUUAUGAAGGAAGCGAUGACUGUUAUCAUGCACCCACAGGCUACUCUGGAAAACAAGGAAAUCGCUUUCGAUAACCUUGAGAUGCUGAUCGAGAACCUCGACAAUGCCAACAAUAUCAAGAACCUCGGUCUGUGGCCACCAUUGCUCUCCAACCUCUCUUCGCCAGAACCAUCACUUCGACUUGCAGCAUGUGGUGUUAUCGGUACGGCAGUUCAGAACAAUGAGAAGUCACAGAACUCGUGUCUGGAACAUGAUGGCUUGGCUAAGGUGAUCGACGUGCUUCAGAAUGAUGAUGACAACGGUGUGCGGGUAAAGGCGGUAUACGCCGUCAGCAGCAUUAUCAGAAACAACAACCAGGCGCUGAAGACCUUUGGAGACAACAACGGAUGGAAAGCGUUGGCUAGCACGUUGGACGGAUCAACAAAUAUGGCGCGCAAGGGUGUUUUCCUGAUAAGCGCUUUGUUAUUGCAGGACGAGGGCUCCGAGAUCGCUUUGGAGCAGGUGAAGUCGUUGAGGUUGGCGGACAAGGCAGUUUCGCUUGUGGAGAAGAAUGCGGAUGACGAAGACAUGGUUGAGAAGUUGUUGAUGUUGGUUAAGGUUGCACUGGAGAAGGAUGGCUCCGCACUGGAUGCGGCGUCCAAGGAGAAGCUGAGGUCGUUGGUGCCGGGGUUGGAGCAACAGUACGAAACUGGAUUCUUUACUGAGGGUGAAUGGAAGGACUUUAAGGUACUCAUUGCUUAGGAGGGCGUACGUUAUAUUGACCGAUUACUGAUGACAGGUGGCAGCGAUAGGAAGAUGAGAAAGGGCAUAACAGACUAUACCGGAAUUCAAUAAUCAUUUGACAUCAUCAG